AUGAGUGGGAAGAACUGGUGGAACAGCGCCAUCUCGGGCUUGGAGUCGCGACUCGACACUAUACUGGCCGAGGAUGGAACCCCAAAGCCAGCAGGCGCAGAUGCAGGCGCCAAGCCAGAGACUACAGAGAAGGCGGCCGUGGACAAGAAGCUCACGAUUGAGCCAGCCUCGCGGAACUCGUCACGGAGCCGACCCAACUCUCGAUUACAAGACCGUCUAGCCAAGGCUGUGAACAAGGGGUCGGAAGCAAGAAGCUCGUCGGAUCUUGGAUCAAGGCCGGCGAGUCCAGCCAUAAAUGCCGUCGCCGAUACAGCGAGGGCAAGCAUAGAUUCGAAGGCGCCAGAGCCAGCGACAGAAGGAUCAACUGGCAAGGAAGAAGCUUCAACAGUGAAAGAAGAUGACGCGACCAAGCCAGACGAGAGCAAGGUCGAGCAACCUCCACAACCCGCUGAAGAAGCACCCGCGCCAGUAGCCUCUCCUCCAGCGACCUCACCACCACCGACGCCUUUGGUAGCUGAACAACCCAUAUCGACGCCCGUUCCUACCAUGUCCAUGCCCUCGAUACCCUCAAUCGUCACCCCGCAAACGUCCUCCCCGCGCCAGUCCUUCGAUAGCAACCUGUCGCGACCCUCUAUUGACGCCCUUGCCCCAACACCGCCUCCCGAAGCUAAAGACCCUGAAGAAGUACAAGUUGAGCUAUCUUUGCUCCAGAAGACAUACGAGGAGACGUUGCGGGACAAUCGUGAGGAGCUCAACUCUCACUUGGAGCGCAUCGAUGCCUUGCAGUCGAAACUCACCUACCUUUCUGAGCAACUUGCCGCCUCUGCAAAAGCUGCUUCUUCCGACUCACAAGCAACACCGGCCGACAAGAAGUUGGCGGACAAGGAUGCACAGAUAGCUGCGCUCAUGGAAGAGGGGCAGAAGCUCUCAAAGACGGAGAUGAAGCAUCUGACCACUAUCAAGAAGAUGCGCACCAAGACUUUGGAGCAGGACAAGGAAAUUGCCACUCUCAAACAGCGACUGACAAAGGCGGAGAAGAGCAUCACGGAGCAAUCGGAAAGGGCACGGCGCGCCGAGGCGGCAGAAAAGUCUGCGCAGGAAAAGUUGAAGAUUGUGGGCCGGAUUGAAAAGGAUAUUGAAACCAUCAGAGCAGAGCGCGAAGAGGCUGGGCUCACAAUAACUGAGCUGCGGAGACAGCUCAACGAUGCGCUCUACCGGGCAGAAGAUGCGGAAAAGAGGGCCCAAUCUGGAGCGCUGGAGGCGGAGAAGAGGGCUACUGCAUCGCUGAAAGAGGAUAUUGAAAACGUCCGGAUAGAAAAGAAGCUUGCUGAAGACCGUGCGAAGAGGGAGCUUCAAGCGGCCAGAGACGAAGCGAAGAGCCAGCAGGAGAAAGCAAAGGUCGCCGAGCUUGAGUUGCGCGGUGAGAUUGCUAACCUGGAGUCCAAGCUGGAGUUGCUCCGUAGCCGCACAGAAGAAGCGUCUUCAUCUGCAACUGGUGAUUCACAAGCCAAGCUUCUGCGACAAAUCGAGACGUUGCAGACUCAGUACUCGCUAGCUUCCGAGAACUGGCAGGGUAUCGAGACUACUUUGACGUCUCGUAUGGCAGCUCUCGAGAAAGACCGAGAUGAAACGGCAAAGCGCGAAUCCGAUGUCAGACGAAAAGCAAGAGAGCUCAACUCAAAAGCACGUCGGCUGGAGGACGAGCUCGAGAGCAUCAAUGAGCGAGCCCGGACAUUCGAACACGAUCUGACCGAGCAGCGUGCCGCAGCUCAAAAGCUACAAGCUAGGCUCACACAGGCGGAGACUGCAGCACAAGAUGCACAAGCCGAACUUGAACGAGAGAAGAAGAUAUGGGAAGCUGAGCUCCAACAACGACUAGAAGACGAGAAAAACAAGUGGAAGGUGGAGAUACAGACACCAUCUCUAAUGGGCGAGUCUCAUUAUCUCCGGACAGAUUCGCCUUCAAUAGCACAGCGAAGGCAUUCGCCAGAUCCAUUAGGUAUACACAACCGCCGACCAAACCCCCGUUCCAUCACCAGCGGCAUGGACAUGCCCAUGAUGUCACCCAUGGACCGCAUGUUCGACGACUUCGCCUCGCGCCGCCCUUCCAGCUCCCGCCAUAAUAAAUCCACAACUACCAAAGUCCGUACACCAGAAAUCGGCACCCCCCAACGACAAAACUCGAUUCCGUCAAGUAUGUCGAACCUCAAUGGCAGCAUGGCGCCACUAGACACCCCCUCUAUCCACACAAUUGAUCAUGAUAAUGAUCCCUUUGAAAACACAUCCUCCCCGCACCGCACCAUAAACGACAUGAUAAGCGUUUCCACCGCCGGUGCAGGCCCCUCGGUCCAACUCGUCGAGCGCAUGAGCGCCGCCGUCCGCAGGCUGGAAUCGGAAAAAGCAACGCAUAAAGAAGAACUCGCGCGUCUAACUGCCCAACGCGACGAAGCCCGUGAGGAAGUCGUCAAGCUUAUGCGUGAAGUGGAUGAGAGCAAAGGAACAGGGGAGAAGGUGCGGGAUUUGGAGAGGAGGUUGGGCGAGAUGGAGAGUAGGGAAGAGACGGCGUUGGAAAUGUUGGGGGAGAAGACGGAGAGGGUGGAGGAAUUGGAGGGGGAUGUCAGGGAUUUGAAGAAGAUAUAUAGGGAGUUGGUUGAUACGCUGAAAUGA